AUGGCACAAUCCGACUCAGCCUUGGCCUCGGCCUCCUUCGACCUCAGCCUGUAUAUCCUAACGUUCAAUUGUGCGCGCACGCCUGUUCAACCGGACGUCUUUGCGCCGUACUUGUUCUCCGCAUUGAGUCCAGGUCAGCGGGCGCCCGAGCUGCUCGUGCUUUGUCUGCAGGAAGUCGCACCCAUCGCGUAUGCCUUUCUUGGUGGCUCCUUUCUGACGCCGUACUUUGAUGCAUUCCGCGCCGUUGUCAAGCUGGCGUGCAAGCACCUCGAUGCGAGGACAGAUGGUGAUACUGGUCCGGAUACCGCUACUGCUACUGCUACAAGCUAUGUCAAUGUCCUCUCGCGCAACCUGGGACUCACUGCGAUCAUGAUCUUCGCCAGGGCCGAUAUCGCGGACAAUAUUGCCUGGAUUCACACGGCGGGAGUCGGGCUGGGAGUGAGCGAUAUGGGCAAUAAAGGCGCGAUAGGAGCCAGGCUGGGGUACAGGUACGGAUCAGCUAGUCCGAGUCCUGGCGAAGCAGACGACAAAGAAGUCCAAAUGACGUUUGUCGCUGCCCACCUGGCCGCAAUGGAGGAUGCCUUGGAACAACGGAACGCGGACUACAAAAACAUCGUGCAGAGGCUGGUGUUUGUGCCGGAAACCACUACUUCAACCCAACGGGCGGGGCCUAGGGACGAACAAGCAGAAGAUGCACCGUUGUUGCAAGGCCAACUUGACCCUCCGCUACGAAACGCCCCCCCAGAGACAGGCAUCUACUCGGCAUACUCGCAUCUCUUCAUCGCCGGGGAUCUGAACUACCGCACAUCGCUCCUCCAGCCCUCGCCUCAAGAUGUGGAAGAACGGUUCCCACAACCUACCAGCGACGAAAACGAUCCCAAACAUUUCCAUCAUCUUCUGGCCGAGGACCAGCUCACCCAGCAAGUCAAGGCCGGGAACACACUGCACGGGUUGACGGAGGCGACGAUCGAUUUCCCUCCGACAUACAAAUACGACCCAGAUAGCAGCAAGGCUGUAACUCUCGAUAGAGAACAACAUUGGACCUGGGCCCGUCACCGCUGGCCCAGUUGGUGCGACCGCAUCUUCUUCUGGAAACCAGAUGGUGAUGUGAAGGUCAAUCCACUGAGAUACACGUGCCUGCCAUUAUUUGCGACCUCGGAUCAUCGGCCGGUGGCGCUGGCCGCUACGGCACCAUUGAAAGCGGUUACGGACGCAAUAAAGGAUCAAAAUGCACCUUACCCCAUUGAUCCGGAGUGGAGGAGUCGGAGAGCGACGGCACGGAAGAAAGAGUUGGUCGUAGGUCUUUUGGCUUACUUGAGUUUGACAAGAGAGGGCAAUGGCUUGCUAGUGGCUAUCACCAUUGGUACCCUGGGAGGAUGGUUGGUCAUCAGAUCGCUACUUAUGGCUUGA